AUCCUUUCCUAUUAAUACCAUCAGCCUCAAUGUCAAUUGCCCGUGAGCUCAAAGGUUUAAAAGUGUCAGUCGCAUCAUUUUAUUUAAAACUAUAACUCCCAGCAUUCCUUGGGAAAAGGGCCCCGCUUCAGCCUGGCUAGUCGUUCGGCCUAAAGGGCGUCUGACAGAGCGGAUCCCGGAUUAAUGCGCGGAACCUGUAGGGAGACGAGCGCUUCCGGGUUAGAGAGAACAGCUGUUGCACCGUGAGGAGCCAGCAUGCUCAUCCCUGGCCGGUAACGAGUAGUGGAGUGUAUAUGGCGCCUCUGGCCAAGCUUCUACUCUGGCUCUCCCAGUCCACCGCCGCCCGACACUACAGCGUUUUCUCCAAAGGGCUCACUCGCACCCUGCUCAUCUUAUUUAACAUGGCCUGGAAAAUGAGGAUCAAGUUCCCCUAUCUCUAUGUGAUCGCCUCCAUGAUGCUCAACGUCAGGCUACAGGUUCAUAUUGAAAUUCACUGAAAUCCAGAUAAGAAGUGUGAAAAAAAAAAAAAAUGAACUGGCUAUUUCCCAUGAUGGAUGGCGCUCUUUCUAUUCACUGCCAAAACGAGGAGGAUUCAAACCAUCUUAGGAAUGUGUGGGAAAUUUGGUUCAGGAAGCAGAUCAUACUACUGAUACGGAUAUUGUGCCCGCUGCUCAGUGUACCCGUUUACCUCUGUUACUCAGGACGUACCCUUCAGGCAAGGUUCCCCCAUUGCCUGGCAUUUAUAAUUGUCAUUUUGUGAGAACAUCUCCAGCUCAACACAAGUGUGUUCACAUUUUCAAAAGGCCAAGAAAACCUAUGUUAGAAGGCCUUUCUUUGUAUUUAUCUCAAAAAGCACCCAUUGACUGGCUUCAGAGACCCUGGCUAGGGGACAGUGGCCAAGGGAGCUGGAGGCCCACAAGCAAACGAUUGGAUCGUUAUACAGGCCUAUGCAAAUCUGUUAGGAGAAAACUAAUGCUUUUAUAAUUUAUUCUUGAUCAGGCAUGGUGGCGGGAGGCCACCAUACACAAGCCAAUAUGCUGCUGACAUGGUCUGAAAGGUACGAGUUGGCAGGUUCUGUUGCCGUAUGUGGGGCAUCCUUAGGAUGUUAAUCCGGUUAGUAUCCUUCCUCAGACUGUCUUGUUUCCUUGACUCUACCGUCUGCAGUUGAACAGGAACAUCAUCUCUAAUGGCAUUCAUCUAGGAGCUAAUCCCAAUGUGGCUCACUUAUUAAUAGUACAGACCUCUGAGCUGUGUUAUGCAGUAGAGCAGUCCCAGCGGUUGUAUGCUUGUUGAGAACCUGUUGUGUGUAGCAACAGUUAGGGGCAGAUUUAUCAAAGUGUGAAUUUCAAAACUCCACACAAUAAAACUCACUUUCCAUUCAUUCCUAUGGGAUUUUUAAAAGCAUAUUUAUCAAAUGGUGAACUCCAUUGAGAAAUACCAUUUUAUAAAUCCCAUAGGAAUGUGUAGAUCAUGUGUGAGUUAUUCUGUGGCGAGUUCUAAUCUCACAUUGUGAUCAAUCUGCCCCUUAAUCUCGGUUUGUCAAAUUGGCUUUGAAAUCUAAUAAGCAGGUACUUUUUUAUUUAUUUUUAAGACACAGAUGGGUUUUCUUUGAUAACCUAAUUAUGAAUUAUUUGGUUAAAGGGAUAGCGAGGGACUUAAUAGCCUUUUAGUCCAAAGAACAGUCUUUGUCUAUCUAAAUCAAUAUGUUUUAUUGAUAAUAAAUUACAUAUCUCGUU